AUGUCGAUCAAUUGGGUAGAACUGAACCAAGCUGAUGGACCUUUGCCAAUCGGCCAGGAGAGGUUUAUGCCACCGUGGCUCGCGGGCGCACGCUUCAAAAUCUCCAUUCCUGGACCCGUUGAAGUCGAUUCUGUAUCCAAUGCCAACAACUUUAUCGACCUGAACGCCACUGGAACAGUGUUCUUGAGCGAUAUGCGGCUCGUAUUCGUCUCUAAUGACCCCCGCAAGGAGCCGACACCGACCAGCUUUUCGUCGUUCUCGGUGCACUACUCGGACAUCCUGGGGAACAAAUACGAGCAGCCAUGGUUUGGUGGAAACUAUGUCGAAUUAAUUGUCAAACCGAUACCGGAGGGAGGACUCCUCCGCCGUCCAGGCUCGGUGGCAAAAGUGCAGAUUCGAACAGAUGGAGCAGGUCUUUAUCAGUUUAGCACUACGCUCAAUGCCAGGAUGCAGGCUGCUUAUCUCAAGAAACAAGAAGUGGAUGCUCUACGUGAGUGCGCUCUGUGA